CAUUCACCUCCAUAAAUCGACCCUAAAACGGACUUGAUGCAACCCUAAAAAAUCAUCCCUCACAUCAGAACAUCAUCCCACAUUCUCGGACAAGUGAACAUCUCGCAUCCUACAUUUCCCACUGCUACCGGCAUCCCAGGCGUAGCAAAGACUUGGUUCCGGAAAGUCUGAAUCAAUGACUUAUACAUUUGAGUUCGCGAGUGAGGUAUGACUUUAAACAGAUGAAAAUAAUAUUCGAGGAUUUUAAGUGUCGAUGCUGGACCAGGAAAAACCGGUCCGAGGAUCGGUUCGGAAAAUCAAGUAGUUGAUUCAAAAAUCAAAGAGAAGUAAAAGCGAGAAUAGGACGAAAAGUGCGAGAAGAGUAGGUAAAGUGCGAGAAGAGCAAGCAACGUGCGAGAAGAGCACGAAGAGUGCGAGAAGAGUACGAGCGUGAAUUAAGAGUGAAAUGAGAUUAUUUACGACUGGCAGGUAACGAGAAAAAUAUUAUUGGAAAAAUGCAGAGGUGAUCUUGUGCUUCGAGGGAUAGUGAAGAUAAAAAUUGCAUCAAGGGAAGAGGAAAAGUUUAUAAAGAGGGAAAGGAUAUAAAUAAAUCAAAGUGGGUGGGAGUGAGUUUGGAAUUUAGGGAAGGAAUAAUUGACGAGUCGUAAGCCUUCAGUUUUGGAUCGAAAGUGUCAAAAAAAAUGCCUGAAGGAACACCAAAACUGCAGAUGAAGAGCUCCGACGGUUCGCCGGCUAAACUGGAAGCUGGUGAUGGAGGCACUGGAGGAGAUGGAGAACCUCUUGGUUACAAUACGGAUGAAAAGUCAGGAUACCACACAAACUUAUAUUUGUACAACGAUGAUAUCGAAGAUCGACCGCAAAUUUCCACUUUCCUCAGUACUUUGGCAAACUAUAGUAACACAAUACCACCAGCAACUGAUGCGGAAAGUAAACCAGCAACCGCAGCAAGUGGUGGUGGAGGGGCGCGGAUGGGCACCUUGAUUGGUGUUUUCCUACCCUGUAUUCAAAACAUCUUUGGUGUCAUUCUUUUCAUCCGUCUCACCUGGGUGGUGGGCACUGCCGGUGCUGUUCAAGGAUUCUUGAUAGUUUUUUGCUGUUGUUGCGUCACGAUGCUAACGGCGAUAAGUAUGAGCGCAAUCGCUACCAACGGCGUGGUUCCUGCAGGAGGUUCCUACUUCAUGAUCUCCAGAAGUUUGGGCCCCGAAUUCGGAGGUGCUGUCGGAAUGCUGUUCUACACGGGUACCACCCUAGCAGCUGCUAUGUACAUCAUCGGUGCUGUCGAAAUUGUCCUCACGUACAUGGCUCCUAGUUUGAGUAUAUUUGGCGACUUCACGAAAGACCCGAGUAUAAUGUACAAUAACUUUCGGGUCUAUGGUACGGGUCUGCUGAUGGUUAUGGGUACAAUAGUAUUCAUUGGCGUCAAAUUCGUCAACAAAUUUGCGACGGUAGCACUCGCUUGUGUCAUCUUGUCCAUUGUGGCUGUCUACAUUGGACUUUUUGUCAACUUCAAUGGAAACGAUUUGCUAAAGAUGUGCACCCUCGGGAGAAGAUUACUGAAGGAUGUGGCUACACAAAACUGCACUAAACCAUGGCUGCGAGAAAAUGUCUUCUGUAACAGGACAACUGGAGUUUGUGACGAAUACUUUCAAAAUAACGAAGUGAAUAUUAUUAACGGCAUCCGGGGACUAUCAAGUGGAGUCUUUCUAGAAAACAUUUGGGGUAGUUUUCAAGAAGAAGGUCAGUUCAUCGCGAAGUACAACCAACCCAAAGAUAUCGACAAGACGACACCUUACCCCUACAAUCAGAUUCAAGUCGACUUGACAACCACCUUUACGAUCCUCAUUGGAAUAUUCUUCCCCUCAGUGACAGGAAUCAUGGCCGGCUCCAACAGAUCCGGUGAUCUAGCAGACGCCCAGAAAUCAAUCCCCAUCGGAACGAUCUGCGCCAUCCUGACAACAUCGACCGUCUAUCUCUCCUGCGUCCUCCUCUUCGCCGGAACAGUCGACAACCUUCUCCUCCGGGACAAGUUCGGCCAAAGCAUUGGCGGAAAACUCGUCGUCGCGAACAUCGCCUGGCCCAACGAAUGGGUCAUCCUGAUCGGGUCCUUCCUCUCAACUCUGGGCGCUGGUCUCCAGUCCCUAACCGGGGCGCCAAGACUCCUCCAAGCCAUUGCCAGGGACGGAAUCAUCCCCUUCCUAGGUCCCUUCGCCAAGAGUUCGAGCCGCGGUGAACCCACAAGAGCUCUCGUUGUCACAAUCCUGAUCUGCCAAUGUGGAAUCCUCCUAGGAAAUGUGGAUCUCCUCGCUCCACUGCUCUCCAUGUUCUUCCUGAUGUGCUACGGAUUCGUGAACCUCGCCUGUGCUCUCCAGACUCUCCUGAGGACUCCCAACUGGAGACCAAGAUUCAAGUUCUACCACUGGAGUUUGUCCUUCCUUGGCCUCUCGCUCUGCAUAGCGAUCAUGUUCAUGACGAGUUGGUACUACGCUCUUCUUGCCAUGGGAAUGGCAGGCCUCAUCUACAAGUACAUCGAGUACCGCGGAGCAGAAAAAGAAUGGGGAGAUGGUAUUCGAGGUCUUGCUCUUUCAGCAGCGCGGUAUUCCCUCCUGAGACUGGAGGAGGGUCAACCUCAUACCAAAAACUGGAGGCCGCAGAUCCUCAUCCUGGCUAAGCUGACUGAUGAUCUGGUUCCAAAAUAUCGGAAGCUUCUGGCAUUCGCGAGUCAACUCAAGGCCGGUAAGGGCUUGACGAUUUGUGUGAGUUGUAUUGGUGGCGAUUACGCGCGGAAUUCUGGAGAAGCUUUGGCAGCGAAGCAGAGUUUGAGGCGGUCGAUGGAAGAGGAGAAGGUGAAGGGAUUCGUGGAUGUUUUGGUGUCGAGAAAUACAGUUGAUGGUUUGAGUGCUCUCGUGCAGACAACUGGAUUGGGUGGAAUGAAGCCUAAUACUGUUAUUCUUGGAUGGCCGUACGGAUGGAGGCAAUCUGAGAAUGAGAGAACUUGGAGAGUCUUUCUCCAGACGGUGAGGAAUGUUACGGCUUCGAGAAUGGCGCUCUUGGUGCCAAAAGGUAUCAACUUCUUCCCGGAUUCGACAGAGAAGGUUGUGGGGAAUAUUGAUGUCUGGUGGAUUGUUCAUGAUGGCGGAUUGCUGAUGCUGUUGCCCUUCUUGCUGAAGCAACAUCGCACCUGGAAAAAUUGUAAGAUGAGGAUUUUCACGGUCGCCCAGAUGGAAGACAACUCGAUCCAGAUGAAGAAGGAUUUGAAGAAGUUCUUGUAUGAUCUCAGGAUUGAGGCAGAGGUCGAAGUUGUAGAAAUGAUGAAUGCAGACAUCUCAGCCUACACAUAUGAGCGGACCCUGAUGAUGGAGCAACGCAAUCAGAUGUUGAGAGAGCUGCAAUUGAACAAGAAGGAAUCGCUUGGCGUGGUGCAGACAUUGGAGUUCAACGAGGUUCAAGCGAUAGUUGACCAUCACCACAAUGUGGAUGUGAAAACAGCUACGAAAGUGAGGUUCCAAGAACCAGGCGUUACACAGCAAAAUGGAAUAGAGGAAGCUCAAGAGAAGCUUCUGCAGGAAUCUGAAGCGAAUAAUAAGGCAGCUGACACGAAUAAGUUAGCUGAAAGUGCAGUGGAAGAAGGGCUAGCUAAGACUCAUGAAAAUACAGAAACGACACAAGAAGAGGCUAAACUUCUUGCAGGGUCGCCUAAACAAGAUAACAAAGAAAAUGCUGAAAAAGAAGCUAAAGAGUGUCAGGAAAAGAAGGAGGAAGCGUCUAAUGUGAAGGAGGCGCCUCAAAUCACCCCUGACGAGGGAAAUGUGAGGCGUAUGCACACUGCUGUGAAAUUAAACGAGGUCAUCGUCAAUAAGAGCCACGAUGCGCAAUUGGUUAUUCUGAAUCUCCCAGGACCACCCAGAGAUACCAAAAUGGAACGAGAAUCUAAUUAUAUGGAAUUUCUCGAAGUUCUCACCGAACGUUUGGAGAGGGUGCUAAUGGUCCGGGGAGGCGGUCGAGAGGUCAUCACCAUCUACUCGUGAACAGAUUCUGCAUCUAACUUCAGCAUCACGCUAAAAAAAUCAGGAUCUAGUAUAAUUUUCCUAAUUAUUAAAGUAGUCCUCAAGGGCAUUUUUCUAUUCUCGUGCCGCUAUCUUGCACCAUUACUAGCGCAAAGCGCAGUAAUCUGAAA